GCUCACUAAGUGGUUACCAAGGCCACAAGUGUAAAUUAUCUUCGAAGUAAGUUGUGAUAAAACUUCACAUCGUAACAAAACAACAAAAUGAUUCCACCAAACGUUUCACUCGUCAAAUAUGACAACCCAGUUCUUGUUAGCAGAAAUAUGGAUAAGAAAACACCAAAGGCCAGAGCGCUGAAAGCAAGUCCAGCACCUCCCACCUCCACUGGGCCGGUUCCAAACCCACCCCAAAAACAGAAACUGGCACCAGUAGAUGCCAAGGCAGCACAGCAGACAGAUGAAAUUCUCAAUUCAAUUCUUCCACCAAGAGAGUGGACAGAGAGUGGUCAGUUGUGGGUCCAGCAGGUGUCUAGUACUCCGGCCACACGACUGGACGUUGUCAACUUACAGGAAGAGCUGGACCGUCGUCUUCAACAGAGACAGGCCCGCGAGACGGGAAUCUGCCCUGUCAGACGUGAACUGUACUCUCAAUGUUUUGAUGAGCUCAUCCGUCAGGUGACCAUUAACUGUGCAGAGAGAGGUCUCCUGCUGUUGAGAGUCCGAGACGAGAUACGUAUGACAAUUGCGGCCUAUCAGACGCUGUAUGAGAGCAGUGUUGCCUUUGGUAUGCGCAAAGCCCUGCAGGCGGAACAGGGCAAGGCAGAUAUGGAGAAGAAGAUUGAGGAGCUCGAGACUGAGAAGCGUGAGCUGGAGAAGACAGUCAAUGAGCUGAAGGCCAAGUGUGAGCAGAUCGAGAAGCGGGCACAGGAGCAGAAACUGGUGGAGGAAAAGAAGCACACCGAGGAAAUACAGUUCCUCAAGAGGACCAACCAGCAGCUCAAGACUCAGCUGGAAGGGAUCAUAGCACCUAAGAAGUAGAGUUAUGGAAUUACCGACUUUAUGAUAAUGUAUUUACUCUGUGUAACUGUGAGACAUCAAUUCUUGGGAAGCAUUUUACAGUUAAAGUAUUACGACGAAUUCCGUAUUUGAUAAAUAAAAUGAGGAUAUCUGGACUGAUGUUACAUGUGGGGUUUUUCUCAAUUAGAUUAUAAUUAUUUGACUUUCAAUAUUACAAACUUGAAACUGCUACUUGUUGUCAAUUAUUGAAACUGCUGUUAAGAAGUAAACAAAAAGUUAUGUAUGCAAUUCUGCUUAAAUUAUGAAGAAAAAUUAGGGCUUAUCAUUUUUUAGGAAUAUUGUAAGGGUUAUUGUUUAUGCAACAUUCCGUCCAUAAUCAAUGCUUUGCAUUUGUAUUUAUAUAAUACAUGUUAUGUACUGCUGAGUAUUAUUUUAUUUAAACAAAACUGCUGAAAUCUGGUAUUUUUUUUAAAUACUGAUGCAAACAAGAUAUGCACAAUAUUGCAUUUGUUUGUGUUAAAAAACAUAAUUUUGAUUCAGCAAUGCAUUACAAUGUAUUGGUUGACUGUGCAAAUAAAAUAGAUAUUUUCUUAACCACAACUAAUAAAACAUGGUUCUGCAUCUUGUUUUCAUAGUUAUAAUAUUCAUUGAAAAAAUAAAUCAUUUAACAAAUCUGAA